GACAUUUCACAGCACGCCCCGGGCAACAAGUUCGUUGUGACCCAGCCCCGUGUCCCGCAACCCACCGGCAGCCGUCCACAGUCUCCACGGCGCAGCAGGUAGCAGGCAGGCUAGAAGGGCAGCCAAACAAGUGCGGCCUUGUCGGCCUCAGAGCAGCGAUGCCAGCGGAGGGUGUGCCAGAACAACCGGAGGCCGCCAAGAAGGAGCAGACCGACGCGGCAAAUGCGGCGAUACCGGACAAGGUGCAAGUGGGCGGCAGCCCGCUGUACAUAGUCGACAAGAAGCUAGGCAAGGGCGGGUUUGGCCAGGUGUACAUGGGUCGUCGCCAGCAGCCCACCAAGGAGAAGGACGGCGCAAACGCCAACAUGGUUGCGCUCAAGCUGGAGCACCGCAGCAGCAAAGGGUGCAACUAUGGGCCGCCGUACGAGUGGUCUGUGUAUGGCGCGCUGGGCAACAUCCCAGGCGUGCCCAAAGUGCACUACAAGGGGCGGCAGGGCGACUUCUACAUCAUGGUUAUGGACAUGCUGGGGCCCAGCCUCUGGGAUGUGUGGAACACGCAGGGGCAGGUCAUGUCACAGGAGAUGGUGGCAUGCAUAGCUGUGGAGGCCAUCGCCAUCUUGGAGCGGCUGCACGCCAAGGGCUUUGUGCAUGGCGACGUGAAGCCGGAGAACUUCCUGAUGGGGGCACAGGGCUUGCCCAAUGAGAAGAAGCUGUGGCUGGUGGACCUGGGGCUAGCCACACGGUGGAAGGACGCGGUGUGCGGCACGCACGUCGAGUACGACCAGCGGCCUGAUGUCUUCCGGGGCACCGUGCGCUACGCCUCUGUGCACGCCCACCUUGGGCGCACUGCUAGCCGGCGCGACGACCUCGAGUCGCUGGCCUACACGCUGCUCUUCCUGCUGCGAGGCCGGCUGCCAUGGCAAGGGUACCAGGGCGACAACAAGGGCUUCCUGGUGUGCAAGAAAAAGAUGGCCACCUCGCCUGAGCUGCUCUGCCGCUACACGCCGCCGCCAUUCCGGCAAUUCACCGAGGCAGUGGUCAACCUCAAGUUUGAUGAGGAGCCCAAGUAUGCGGCCUACAUGGAGCUGUUUGACCCACUAUGCGGUCCUGCAGGGCCUUCCCGCCCUCUUAUGGUGGGGGAGGGUGCUGAGGGCACCAAGGUGCGCAUGCAGCAUGUGGGGCAGAAGCGCGGGCGGGAGGGUGGCGACACCGCCGACCUGGAGCUGCCCACACCCAAGAAGCGGAUACGGCUGGGGCUGCCCGCCACGCAGUGGAUCACGGUGUACAACGCACACCGCCCCAUGAAGCAGCGCUACCAUUACAACGUGGCCAACAACCGUGUGCAGCAGCAUGUGGAGAAGGGCAACGACGAUGGGCUCUACAUCUCUUCUGUGGCCUGCUGCCAGGACCUGUGGGCCCUCAUCAUGGAUGCCGGCACCGGCUUUGCGCAGCAGGUCUACGAUCUCAGCAACCAGUUCCUGCCCAAGGACUGGAUCAUGGAGAAGUGGGAGGAGGGGUACUAUAUCACUGCCAUGGCAGGCUCUGCCACUGGCAGCAGCCUGGUGGUGAUGAGCAAGGGCACGCCCUACACGCAGCAGAGCUACAAGGUGUCCGACUCCUUCCCCUUCAAGUGGAUUAACAAGAAGUGGAAGGAGGGAUUCUUUGUCACCGCCAUGGCCACCAGCCACUCACGCUGGGCGGUAGUGAUGAGCCGCAACGCUGGCUUUGUAGACCAGUGCGUGGAGCUGGAUUUUCAGUACCCGUCGGAGGGCAUCCAUCGGCGAUGGGAUGCCGGUUACCGCAUCACCAGUUGUGCCGCCACCCCUGACCAAGCAGCCUUCGUGCUCAGCGUUCCCAAGCGACGACCAAUGGAUGAGACGCAGGAGACGCUUCGGACGUCUGCCUUCCCCAGCACGCAUGUCAAGGAGAAGUGGGCCAAGAACCUGUACAUUGCGGGAGUGGCGUAUGGCCGAACAGUCAGCUGAGGACAGCUCGCUGGCCUCAUUGGCUGUGCAGGGCUUUUCGCUCAGGGCUCACCAGCCUACCGCGCCGCCGUGGCCAUGCUGCUGUACUGCCUCCAUAGGUUCUGACGCCGACGCACUACGAGCACUCCUCCUAUUGAUCUACCGCAUUGUCCUGUUGACCGCUGCUGCUCCUUUAUUCUCUCAGAUGUGCUUCUGUGCACGUACGCUGUACCAUCUCAGGCUGCCAAUGGCAACCCCGUAUCUGUCAGACCCUAACGCACAUGUGUGCGUUGCAUUUUUGCCCGCUUCCAUACUGCUCGUCCCCUUUUCUUUUGCCCUGUCCCCUCCUGGUCCCCUGCACCCAUUUCGCGCCUCUUACACGGAACAUGUACCGACAUACCUUGCACCAGCAGGAGCAGUGAAUGGCAUUAGAAAUC